AUGUUAAAUCUAUUCUAUAUUUUGUUUGUGCUAUUAAUUUUGUCUUAAAAAUAAUUUAUAUUACUUUUAAAUGUAUAUACAUUACUGGUAUCACAAUCGUAUAUGAUAAGAUUUUAUUAAGAUUGUUAUUUCUUAACAAUGUGUAUUAUAUGUGAUUAAUUUCAAUAUUAAUAAAAUAUUAAUAAAUAUUAAUUGGUUUUAAGAUGAUCAAUAUGAAUAGAACUUCUCCAAAUAUUUUAAUAACAGGUACACCUGGAGUAGGAAAAAGUUUAAUGUCUCGUAUUUUAUCUGAAAAAACUGGAUUAGCCUGGAUUGAUGUUAGCAAGUUUGCUAUUGAAAAAGAAUGUUUAGAGGAAUAUGAUGAAGUGUAUCAAUGUCCUAUUUUAGAUGAGGAUAAGUUAUUGGAUGAAAUGGAAACCCUUAUGUGUGAAGGUGGAAAAAUUGUUGAUUAUCAUGGAGCUGAUUUUUUUCCAGAAAGAUGGUUUGAUAUUGUUUUUGUAUUAAGAACAGACAAUACUAUUUUAUAUGAUCGUUUAAGAGACAGGGGCUAUACAGGAAAAAAGUUAGAAGAUAAUAUAGAUUGUGAAAUAUUUCAAACCAUUCUUGAAGAGGCAAGAUUAGCUUACAGAGAAGAAAUAGUUCAUGAACUGACAAGUAAUAAUCUAAAUCAAAUAACAGAAAAUGUAAAUAGAAUAUGUCAAUGGAUUGAAAUGUGGAAAAUAGAUAAUCAAGAAUAAAUUAAUUUUAUGAGUUUUAA